AAUAAUAUCCGCGCGCACAACCCACUUUUUGCCGCACAACUUACAAAGACGAGGGAAAAAGAAAGAGAUAGUGGAAUAAGCAAAGCAGGAAGUUCAGAUAGAUUUCAAGCCUGAAUCCCUUGCUUCUCUAUCUCCAUCAUCCAGAUGCGGACACGUGGAGGACGUGCUUUGUGUGCACGGGAGAGUUGUGCACCUCGAGGUAGAGGUAGAGGUAGGGAUAGCUUAUCAUCACCCUCAUCGAGUCCUAUGAUUGGAAGUCAAUAUUCAAGUGGAGAGGGAAGUAGAUCUCAUGUUCCAAGUACUCCUGCAUCACCGCAUUCAUCAAAUGGAGAGCAACCCCAAGAAACGGAUGUCACACCAUUUUCCUUAGACGAAAUGCAUCGCCGCAAAACACAUACAGAAAUUAAGGCAAUCAUGAAAUCUCGCUUUAGUGGACCUUGGAGGUCUUAUCGGAAAGUGCCUAAAACUGAUAGAGAUCACUGGUUUGAGGAAUUCAGGUUGACUCAUCCAUUUCCGGACUCAGCAAAAAAGAAAUUCAGACGGCUUUUUGACAAAUAUGCUAGCCAAGGUCUCAAGAAAAUGUUACAAACGGCACGAGAGGAAAACGUGCCACCAGAAUAUAUUGCUGAGAAUGAUUUUAAAGAUCUUCAGACAUAUUGGGCCUCUCCGGAGUUCAAAAAACUUAGUGCUAAGGGAAAAAAAGCCCGAUCAUCAGAAUCAUGCAAAAACAACCCGUAUUGUGGAGGGUCAAUCACUACUGCUAAUCAUAAGAAAAGAUUGAGGAAAAUACUUGGUAGGAGGAUUUUCAUGCGGGAGUUGUAUGCUGUCACAUGGAAGAGAAAAAGAACUCGUGAAUGGAGUGGUCCGAGGAUAAAGAGAUGCUAUGAAAAUUUUCUAGCUGCUAGACAAAAAGCAAGAGAGGAGGUCAAUGAUGACUCACAACCUAUAGAUGAGGAUGAAAUUUUUAUGGAGCAUUUUGGACCUCCCGAAUGUGGUAAGAUUUUCGGGUUAGGGAGUCUUUCUAGCGAGGUUCAGACCAAAUCUCGAGGCGACACAUCUACUUUUAUGCAUUGUGAGAAUUUAGAGGAAUUAAUUGAUAAUCGUAUCAAAGUUGCACUUACUACUAGCAUUCGGGAGUGUAUAGAAGGCUCGGUUCAAACUGUAGUUCGAGCUGCUAUUGAAGAAAACGAUAGGACAUGGAUGACUCGUUUUGCGGAGUACCGUAACUCUUUGGCCAUGCAAAACUCCAGACUUCCUACUCAAACUCUAGCUCCAAGUACUUCCAUAUUUCCUUUCCAACAAUUCCCGUUCUCACAAAUGGCAUCACAAGGACAAUGUUUUCAAAAUGGAGCUCAAAAUGGAGGAAUGGAUUUUACCGACUUGAUGAAUUUUAGCUCGUCAUUGUUGCCGCCGCCGUCUAGAAAUUAGUUUUAGAUAUUUUUCCCCUUUUCGUUUAUGCAGCUUGCUUGGAAUUAUUGUAUGUUUACAUUAAUUGUUAAAACAGUUUGUUUUUUAUGGCUAGAGACAUAUGUUUAAUCUAUGCUUUUAUUCCAAUUACAUAGUCUUCAC